UGCGAUGCCGUUCAAGGUCCUGCUCAAGUGGGACACCACAGACCGCACCAACAUACCGGCCAACAUCCUGCCGUCCAAGUGGCUGCCACAGCAGGACAUCCUGGGUGACAGCAAGUGCAGGCUGUUCAUCUCACACGGCGGCUUCGCCAGCGUUCUGGAAGCCCUCUGUCAUGGCGUUCCCAUGGUGGCCAUGCCAGUGACGGUAGACCAGCAUUGUAACGCGGCUCACGCUGUUGAUCUUGGUGUGGCCGAGAUCCUGACGUGGGAGAGCCUGACGUCCGAAACGCUGCAGGCAGCCAUCCGCUCCGCCAUGUCUGCCGGGCACCGGGCGGCGUCCCGCUACCGCCAGGAGCUGCUGGCUUCUCAGCCGGUGCCGCCCCGUGACCUGGCCGUGCACUGGGUGGAGCACGUGAUCCGGCACGGCGGCGCGCCGCACCUCAGGUCGGUGGGCGCCGACCUCAACUUCUUCCAAUACUACUCGCUCGACGUGGUCGUCUUCCUGCUGGCGGUACUGGUGCUGGUGCUGAAGCUGCUGGUAGCUCUGGGCAAGUGUUGCUGCCGCUGUCUGUGCAGGCGGAAGACAGGUUCGGCGCAAACGAAAACCAAACGGUCCAAACGUGACUAGCUGCAUGCCAUCUUUACAGCGUGCCCACAAGUGCUGUAGUUCUAGUAUCUGAAAGAAUGACGAUUGCCUUUUCGGCAUCAAUACGUUUAUUUGUCAUGGGGUGUGUUCGCAGGUCGAGUCUGUUGACAUGGUAUUUUAUUUACAUGAUGUACAGUAAACUUUCGAAACGCUCGCGUGCUUUCACGCCAAACACACUGUUUGCACGCUCGGUGCCCUCUUGUUAGCGUGCUGCGUGCCUAGCUUGCCAUAUUUUCUCGGGAUCAACCACAAAGUGUUUGUCAUUUUCUGGAACACACUCGAUGUCCAUCCGGAAGUCAUUUCAAAUGACUGUAGCCCCCGAUCGCACGCACCGAAGUGGUUGGCUGCGAGUGCAGUUUGGGUCAGGUCAUUAGCGUUUGUUCGCAAGGAUCGAUUACUCCCAAGGCUGGACACUGCUGGGCGUGAAGUCAAAAUUGUGUUAAGCUGGCUGAAUGACGUAUCGGCAUGGGUUCUCUAGGCGGGGAGCAUUUCCCCCAUUUUCCAAAGGCAUGACCACGUUGUUAUCGCUACCUUAGCACCGUUUUGUCCAUUUGUACCAAAUA